AUGACCCCGCCCCAUUCUCCCACUUUCCAUCACCCCGCCUUAUUCUCCCGCUUUCCAUCACCCCGCCCCAUUCUCCCACUUUCCAUCACCUCGCCCCAUUCUCCGCUUUCCAUCAACCCGCCCCAUUCUCCCGCUUUCGAUCACCCUGCCCCAUUCUCCCGCUUUCCAUCACCCAGCCUCAUUCUCCCACUUUCCAUCACCCCGUCCCAUUCUCCCACAUUCCAUCAACCCGCCCCAUUCUCCCGAUUUCCAUCACCCCGCCCCAUAAUCCCUCCUUCCAUCACCCCGCCCCAUUCUCCCGCUUUCCAUCACCCCGCCCCAUUCUCCCGCUUUCCAUCACCCCGCCCCAUUCUCCCGCUUUCCAUCACCCUGCCCCAUCCUCCCACUUUCCAUCACCCCGCCCCAUUCUCCCGCUUUCCAUCACCCCGCCCCAUUCUCCCGCUUUCCAUCACCCCGCCCCAUCCUCCCACUUUCCAUCACCCCGACCCAUUCUCCCACUUUCCAUCACCCCGCCCCAUUCUCCCGAUUUCCAUCACCCCGCCCCAUAAUCCCUCCUUCCAUCACCCCGCCCCGUUCUCCCACUUUCCAUCACCCCGCCCCAUUCUCCCGCUUUCCAGCACCCCGCCCCAUUCUCCCGCUUUCCAUCACCCUGCCCCAUUCUCCCGCUUUCCAUCACCCCGCCCCAUUCUCCCGCUUUCCAUCACCCCGCCCCAUUCUCCCACUUUCCAUCACCUCGCCCCAUUCUCCCGCUUUUCAUCACCCCGCCCCAUUCUCCCGCUUUCUAUUACCCCGCCCCAUUCUCCCACUUUCCAUCACCCUUCCCCAUUCUCCCCCUGUCCAUCACCCCGCCCAAUUCUCCCGCUUUCCAUCACCCCGCCCCAUUCUCCUGCUUUCCAUCACCCCGCCCAUUUCUCCCCCUGUCCAUCACCCCGCCCAAUUCUCCCGCUUUCCAUCACCCCACCACAUUCUCCCGCUUUCCAUCACCCCGCCCCAUUCCCCCUCCUUCCAUCAUCCUGCCCUAUUCUCCCUCCUUCCAUCACCUUGCCCCAUUCUCCUGCUUUCCAUCACCCCGCCCCAUUCUCCCGCUUCCCAUCACCCACCCCAUUAUCCCGCUUCCAUAAACCGCCUCAUUCUCCCGCUUCCAUCUCCGCGCACCAUUCUCCCGCUUUCCAUCACUCUGCCCCAUUCUCCCGCUUUCCAUCACCCUACCCCAUUCUACCACUUUCCAUCACCCCGCCCCAUUCUUCCGAUUUCCAUCACCUCGCCCCAUUCUCCCGCUUUCCAUCACCCCGGCUCAUUCUCCCGUUUUCCAUCACCCUGGCCCAUUCUCCCGCUUUUCAUCACCCCGCCCCAUUCUCCCGCUUUCCAUCACCCCGCCCCAUUCUCCCGCUGUCCAUCACCCCGCCCAAUUCUCCCGCUUUCCAUCACCCUGCCCCAUUCUCCUGCUUUCCAUCACCCCGCCCCUUUCUCCCCCUGUCCAUCACCCCGCCCCAUUCUCCCGCUUUCCAUCACCCCACCCCAUUCUCCCGCUUUCCAUCACCCCGCCCCAUUCUCCUGCUUUUUAUCACCCCGUCCCAUUCUCCCGCUUUCCAUCACCCCGUCCCAUUCUCCCGCUUUCCAUCACCCCGCCCCAUUCUCCCACCUUCCAUCACGCCGCCCCAUUCUCCCGCAUUCCAUCACCUCGCCCAAUUCUCCCGCUUUCCAUCACCCCUCCUUAUUCUCCCGCUUUCAAUCACCCCGCCCCAUUCUCUCGCCUUCCGUCACCCCGCCCCAUUCUCCUGCUUUCCAUCACCCCGGCCCAUUCUUCCUCCUUCCAUCAUCCGGCCCCAUUCUCCCUCCUUCCAUCACCCCGCCCCAUACUCCCUCCUUCCAUCACCCUGCCCCAUUCUCCCGCUUUCCAUCACCUUGCCCCAUUCUUUCCAUAACCCUGCCCCAUUCGCCCGCUUUCCAUCACCCCGCCCAAUUCUCCCGCUUUCCAUCACCCCGCCCCAUUCUCUCUUCUUCCAUCACCCCGCCCCAUUCUCCCUCCUUCCAUCACCCCGCCCAAUUCUUCCUAUUUCCAUAACCCCACCCCGUUCUCCCGCUUUCCAUCACCCCUUCCCAUUCUCCCGCUUUCCAUCUCUCCGCCCCAUUCUCCCGCUUUCCAUCACCCCGCCCCCAUUCUCUCGCUUUCCAUCACCCCGCCUCAUUCUCGCGCUUUCCAUCACCCCCCCAUUCUCCCACUUUCCAUCACCCCACCCCAGUCUCCCGCUUUCCAUCACCCCACCCCAUUCUCCCGCUUUCCAUCACCUCGCCCUGUUCUCCGCUUUCCAUCAACCCGCCCCAUUCUCCCGCUUUCGAUCACCCCGCCCCAUUCUCCCGCUUUCCAUCACCCACCCUCAUUCUCCCUCUUUCCAUCACCCCGCCCCAUUCUCCCACUUUCCAUCAACCCGCCCCAUUCUCCCGAUUUCCAUCACCCCGCCCCAUAAUCCCUCCUUCCAUCACCUCGCCCUAUUCUCCCGCUUUCCAUCACCCCGCCCCAUUCUCCCGCUUUCCAUCACCCCGCCCUAUUCUCCCGCUUUCCAUCACCCUGCCCCAUCCUCCCACUUUCCAUCACCCCGCCCUAUUCCCCCGCUUUCCAUCACCCCGCCCCAUUCUCCCGCUUUCCAUCACCCUGCCCCAUCCUCCCUUUUUCUAUCACCCCGACCCAUUCUCCCACUUUCCAUCACCUCGCCCCAUUCUCCUGCUUUCCAUCACCCCGCCCCAUUCUCCCGCUUCCCAUCACCCACCCCAUUAUCCCGCUUCCAUCAACCGCCUCAUUCUCCCGCUUCCAUCUCCGCGCACCAUUCUCCCGCUUUCCAUCACCCUGCCCCAUUCUCCCGCUUUCCAUCACCCUACCCCAUUCUCCCGCUUUCCAUCACCCCGGCCCAUUCUCCCGCUUUUCAUCACACCGCCCCAAUCUCCCGCUUUCCAUCACCCCGCCCCAUUCUCCCCCUGUCCAUCACCCCGCCCAAUUCUCCCGCUUUCCAUCACCCUGCCCCAUUCUCCCGCUUUCCAUCACCCCGCCCCUUUCUCCCCUUGUCCAUCACCCCGCCCCAUUCUCCCGCUUUCCAUCACCCCACCCCAUUCUCCCGCUUUCCAUCACCCCGCCCCAUUCUCCUGCUUUUUAUCACCCCGUCCCAUUCUCCCGCUUUCCAUCACCCCGUCCCAUUCUCCCGCUUUCCAUCACCCCGCCCCAUUCUCCCACCUUCCAUCACGCCGCCCCAUUCUCCCGCGUUCCAUCACCUCGCCCAAUUCUCACGCUUUCCAUCACCCCUCCCCAUUCUCCCGCCUUCCGUCACCCCGCCCCAUUCUCCUGCUUUCCAUCACCCCGGCCCAUUCUUCCUCCUUCCAUCAUCCGGCCCCAUUCUCCCUCCUUCCAUCACCCCGCCCCAUACUCCCUCCUUCCAUCACCCUGCCCCAUUCUCCCGCUUUCCAUCACCUUGCCCCAUUGUCCUGCUUUCCAUCAUCCUGUGCCAUUCUCCCGCUUUCCAUCACUUAGCACCAUUUUCCCACUCUCCAAAACCCCGACCCAUUCUCCCGCUUUCCAUCACCCCGCCGCAUUCUCCCUCCUUCCAUCACCCCGCCCCAUUCUCCCACCUUCCAUCACCCCAUCCCAUAAUCCCGCUUUCCAUCAUCCCGCCCCAUUCUCCCGCUGUCCAUCACCCCGCCUCAUUCUCCCGCUUUCCAUCACCCCGCCCCAUUCUCCCGCUUUCCAUCACCCCGCCCCAUUCUUCCCCUUUCCAUCACCCGGCCCAUUCUCCAGCUUUCCAUAACCCUGCCCCAUUCGCCCGCUUUCCAUCACCCCGCCCCUUUCUCCCGCUUUCCAUCACCCCGCCCCAUUCUCUCUCCUUCCAUCACCCCGCCCCAUUCUCCCUCCUUCCAUCACCCCGCCCCAUUCUCCCAAUUUCCAUAACCCCACCCCGUUCUCCCGCUUUCCAUCACCCCUUCCCAUUCUCCCGCUUUCCAUCUCUCCGCCCCAUUCUCCCGCUUUCCAUCACCCCGCCCCCAUUCUCUCGCUUUCAAUCACCCCGCCUCAUUCUCGCGCUUUCCAUCACCCGCCCCAUUCUCCCUCUUUCCAUCACCUCGCCCCAUUCUCCUGCUUUCCAUCACCCUGCCCCAUUCUCCCACUUUCCCCCGCCCCAUUCUCCCGCUUUCCAUCACCCCACCCCGUUCUCCCGCUUUCCAUCACCCUUCCCCAUUCUCCCGCUUUCUAUCACCCCACCCCAUUCCCCUCCUUCCAUCACCUCGCCCCAUUCUUCCGCUUUCUAUCACGCCGCCCCAUUCUCCCGCUUCCCAUCACCCCGCCCCAUUCUCCCGCUUUCCAUCACCCCGCCCCAUUCUCCUGCUUUCCAUCACCCCGCCCCAUUCUUCCGCUUUCCAUCACCCCGCCCUAUUCUCCCUCCUUCCAUCACCCCGCCCCAUUCUCCCUCCUUCCAUCACCCCGCCCCAUUCUCCCGCUUUCUAUCACCCCGCCCCAUUCUCCCGUUUUCCAUCACCCCGCCCCAUUCUCCCGCUUUCCAUCACCCCGCCCCAUUCUCCCGCUUUCCAUCACCCCGCCCCAUUCUCCCGCUUUCCAUCACCCUGCCCCAUUCUCCCGCUUUCCAUCACCCCGCCUCAUUCUCCCGAUUUCCAUCACCCCACCCCAUUCUCCCUCCUUCCAUCACCCCGCCCCAUUCUCCCUCCUUCCAUCAACCCGCCCCAUUCUCCCGCUUUCUAUCACCCCGCCCCAUUCUCCCGUUUUCCAUCACCCCGCCCCAUUCUCCCGCUUUCUAUCACCCCGCCCCAUUCUCCCACUUUCCAUCACCCCGCCCCAUUCUCCCGCUUUCCAUCACCCCACCCCAUUCUCCCGCUUUCCAUCACCUCGCUCUGUUCUCCGCUUUCCAUCAACCCGCCCCAUUCUCCCGCUUUCGAUCACCCCGCCCCAUUCUCCCGCUUUCAAUCACCCAGCCUCAUUCUCCCACUUUCCAUCACCCCGCCCCAUUCUCCCGAUUUCCAUCACCCCGCCCCAUAAUCCUUCCUUCCAUCACCUCGCCCUAUUCUCCCGCUUUCCAUCACCCCGCCCCAUUCUCCCGCUUUCCAUCACCCCGCCCUAUUCUCCCGCUUUCCAUCACCCUGCCCCAUCCUCCCACUUUCCAUCACCCCGCCCUAUUCUCCUGCUUUCCAUCACCCCGCCCCAUUCUCCCGCUUUCCAUCACCCCGCCCCAUUCUCCCACUUUCCAUCACCCCGACCCAUUCUCCCACUUUCCAUCACCCCGCCCCAUUCUUCCGAUUUCCAUCACCCCGCCCCAUAAUCCCUCCUUCCAUCACCCCGCCCCGUUCUCCCACUUUCCAUCACCCCGCCCCAUUCUCCCGCUUUCCAUCACCCCGCCCCAUUCUCUUGCUUUCCAUCACCCUGCCCCAUUCUCCCGCUUUCCAUCACCUCGCCCCAUUCUCCCGCUUUCCAUCACCCCGCCCCAUUCUCCCACUUUCCAUCACCUAGCCCCAUUCUCCCGCUUUUCAUCACCCCGCCCCAUUCUCCCGCUUUCCGUUUUCCCGCCCCAUUCUCCCGCUUUCCAUCACCCCGCCCCAUUCUCCCCCUGUCCAUCACCCCGCCAAAUUCUCCCGCUUUCCAUCACCCUGCCCCAUUCUCCCGCUUUCCAUCACCCCGCUCGUUUCUCCCCCUGUCCAUCACCCCACCCCAUUCUCCCGCUUUCCAUCACCCCACCCCAUUCACCCGCUUACCAUUACCCCGCCCCAUUCCCCCUCCUUCCAUCAUCCUGCCCUAUUCUCCCUCCUUCCGUCACCCUGCCCCAUUCUCCCACUUUCCAUCACCUCGCCCCAUUUUCCUGCUUUCCAUCACCCCGCCCCAUUCUCGCGCUUCCCAUCACCCACCCCAUUAUCCGGCUUCCAUCAACCGCCUCAUUCUCCCGCUUCCAUCUCUCCGCACCAUUCUCCCGCUUUCCAUCACCCUGCCCCAUUCUCCCGCUUUCCAUCACCCUACCCCAUUCUCCCACUUUCCAUCACCCCGCCCCAUUCUUCCGCUUUCCAUCACCUCGCCCCAUUCUCCCGCUUUCCAUCACCCCGCCCCAUUCUCCCGCUUUCCAUCACCCCACCCCAUUCUCCCGCUUUCCAUCACCCCUCCCUAUUCUCCCGCUGUCCAUCACCCCACCCCAUUCUCCCGCUUUCCAUCACCCCGCCCCAUUCUCUCGCUUUCCAUCACCCCGCCCCAUUCUCCCGCUUUCCAUCACCCCACCCCAUUCUCUCGCUUUCCAUCACCUCGCCCCAUUCUCCCGCUUUCCAUCACCCCGCCCUAUUCUCUCGCUUUCCAUCACCCCGUCCCAUUCUCCCUCCUUCCAUCACCCCGCCCCAUUCUCCCUCCUUCCAUCACCCCUCCCCAUUCUACCGGUUUCCAUCACCCCAACCCAUUCUCCCACUUUCCAUCACCCAGCCCCAUUCUCCCGCUUUCCAUCACCACGCCCUUUUCUCCCUCCUUCCAUCACCCUGCCCCAUUCUCACUCCUUCCAUCACCCCUCCUCAUGCUCCCACUUUCCAUCACCCCGCCCCAUUCUCCCGCUUUCAAUCACCCCGCCCCAUUCUCCCGCUUUCCAUCACCCCGCCCCAUUCUCCCGCUAUCCAUCACCCUGCCCCAUUCUCCCGAUUUCCAUCACCCCGCCCCAUUCUCCCUCCUUCCAUCACCCUGCCCCAUUCUCCCGCUUUCUAUCACCCCGCCCCAUUCUCCCACUUUCCACCACCCGGCCCCAUUCUCCCGCUUUCCAUCACCGCGCCCCAUUCUCCAGCUUUCCAUCACCCCGCCCUAUUCUCCCUCCUUCCAUCACCCAGCCUCAUUCUCCCACUUUCCAUCACCCCGCCCCAUUCUCCCACUUUCCAUCACUACGCCCCAUUUCCCCGAUUUCCAUCACCCCGCCCCAUUCUCCCUCCUUCCACCACCCCGCCCCAUUCUCCCUCCUUCCAUCAACCCGCCCCAUUCUCCUGCUUUCUAUCACCCCGCCCCAUUCUCCCGCUUUCCAUCACCCCGCCCCAUUCUCCCGCUUUCCAUUACCCUACCUCAUUCUCCCGCUUUCCAUCACCCCACCCCAUUCUCCUGACUUCCAUCACCCCCGCCCAUUCUCCAGCCUUCCAUCACCCAGCCUCAUUCUCCCACUUUCCACCACCCCGCCCCGUUCUCCCACUUUCCAUCACCCCGCCCCAUUCUCCUGCUUUCCAUCACCCCGCCCCAUUCUCCCUCCUUCCAUCACCCCGCCCCAUUCUCCCUCCUUCCAUCACCCCGCCCCAUUCUCCUGCUUUCUAUUACCCCGCUCCAUUCUCCCACUUUCCAUCACCCCGCCCCAUUCUCCCUCCUUCCAUCACCUCGCCCCAUUCUCCCGCUUUCUUUCACCCCGCCCCAUUCUCCCGCUUUUCAUCAACCACCCCAUUCUCCCGCUUUUUAUCACCCCGCCCCAUUCUCCCGCUUUCCAUCAUUCCAUUCUCCCGAUUUCCAUCUUCCCACCCCAUUCUCUCGCUUUCCAUCACCCCGCCCCAUUCUCCCGCUUUCCAUCACCCCACCCCAUUCUCCCGCUUUCCAUCACCCCGCCCCGUUCUCCCUCCUUCCAUCACCCGGCCCCAUUCUUCCUCCUUCCAUCACCCCGUCCCAUUGUCCCGCUUUCCGUCAUCCCACCCCAUUCUCCCGUUUUCCAUCACCCCGCCCCAUUCUCCCGUUUUCCAUCACCCCGCCCCAUUCUCCCGCUUUCCAUCACCCUGCCCCAUUCUCCCGCUUUCCAUCACCCUGGCCCAUUCUCCGGCAUUCCAUCACCCCGCCCCAUUCUCCCGCUUUCCAUCACCCCGCCCCAUUCUCCUGCUUUCCAUAACCCUGCCCCAUUCUCCCGCUGUCCAUCACCCCUCCCCAUUCUCCCGCUUUCCAUGAACCCGCCCCAUCCUCUCGCUUUCCAUCACCGCGCCCCAUUCUCCUGCUUUCCAUCACCCCACCCCAUUCUCCCGCUUUCCAUCACCCCGCCCCAUUCUCCCACUUUCCAUCACCCCUCCCCAUUCUCCCCUCUUCCAUCACCCCGCCCAAUUUACCCUCCCUCCAUCACCUCGCCCCAUUCUCCCUCCUUCCAUUGCCCCGCCCCAUUCUCCCGCUUUCCAUCACCCUGCCCCAUUCUCCCGUUUUCCAUCAUCCCACCCCAUUCUCCCGCUUUCCAUCACCCCUCCCUUUUCUCCCGCUUUCCAUCAACCCGCCCCAUUCUCUCGCUUUCCAUCACCCCGCCCCAUUCCCCCGCUUUCCAUCACCCCACCCCAUUCUCCCGCUUUCCAUCAUUCCCUUUCCAUCACCCCGGCCCAUUCUCCCGCUUUCCAUCACCCCGGCCCAUUCUCCCGCUUUCGAUCACCCCGUCCCAUUCUCCCGCUUUCCAUCAUCCCGCCCCAUUCUCCCGCUGUCCAUCACCCCUCCAGAUUCUCCCGAUUUCCAUCUUCCCACCCCAUUCUCUCGCUUUCCAUCACCCCGCCCCAUUCUCCCGCUUUCCAUCACCCCACCCCAUUCUCCCACUUUCCAUCACCCCGCCCCAUUCUCCCUCCUUCCAUCACCCCGCCCCAUUCUUCCUCCUUCCAUCACCCCGUCCCAUUGUCCCGCUUUCCGUCAUCCCACCCCAUUCUCCCGUUUUCCAUCACCCCGCCCCAUUCUCCCGUUUUCCAUCACCCCGCUCCAUUCUCCCGCUUUCCAUCACCCUGCCCCAUUCUCCCGCUUUCCAUCACCCUGGCCCAUUCUCCGGCAUUCCAUCACCCCGCCCCAUUCUCCCGCUUUCCAUCACCCCGCCCCAUUCUCCCGCUUUCCAUAACCCUGCCCCAUUCUCCCGAUGUCCAUCACCCCUCCCCAUUCUCCCGCUUUCCAUGAACCCGCCCCAUCCUCUCGCUUUCCAUCACCGCGCCCCAUUCUCCUGCUUUCCAUCACCCCACCCCAUUCUCCUGCUUUCCAUCACCCCGCCCCAUUCUCCCACCUUCCAUCACCCCUCCCCAUUCUCCCUCCUUCCAUCACCCCGCCCAAUUUACCCUCCUUCCAUCACCCCGCCCCAUUCUCCCUCCUUCCAUUGCCCCGCCCCAUUCUCCCGCUUUCCAUCACCCCGCCCCAUUCUCCCGUUUUCCAUCAUCCCACCCCAUUCUCCCGCUUUCCAUCACCCCUCCCUUCUCUCCCGCUUUCCAUCAACCCGCCCCAUUCUCUCGCUUUCCAUCACCCCGCCCCAUUCCCCCACUUUCCAUCACCCCACCCCAUUCUCCCGCCCUCCAUCACCCCGCCCCAUUCUCUCGCUUUCCAUUAUUCUCCCGCUUUCCAUCACCCCGCCCCAUUCUCCCUCCUUCCACCACCCCGCCCCAUUCUUCCUCCUUCCAUCACCUCGCCCCAUUCUCCUGCUUUCCAUCAUCCUACCCCAUUCUCCCACUUUCCAUCACCCCGCCCCAUUCUCCCGUUUUCCAUCAACCCGCCCCAUUCUCCCGCUUUCCAUCACCCCGCCCCAUUCUCCCGCUUUCCAUCAUCGCGGUCCAUUCUCCCGCUUUCCAUCACCCCACCCCAUUCUCCCGCUUUCCAUCACCCCACCCCAUUCUCCCGCUUUCCAUUAUUCUCCCGCUUUCCAUCACCCCGCCCCAUUCUCCCUCCUUCCAUCACCCCGCCCCAUUCUCCCUCCUUCCAUCACCCCGCCCCAUUCUCCCGCUUUCCGUCAUCCCGCCCCAUUCUAG